AUGGCAUUGCUAGCCCAAAUGAUUGUGUUAGAUAUUCUUCGUGAGUUCAACCCAUCCUUGGUAGGGUAUUCCAUUGGCACUGGAACACAGAAUUCAAACAAUGCUGCAUUAAACCAAGCUGUGGCUGGAGCUCGUGCAGAGGAUGUUCCUGAACAGGUUAGGAAACUGGUGGACCGCAUGAAGAAUGAUACUAGAAUAGAUUUCCAGAAUGACUGGAAGCUCAUAACACUUUUCAUAGGAGGAAAUGACCUCUGCAAAGUCUGCGAGAACCCAGCACGCUAUUCUCCUGAAAAUUACACUUACAAUAUACAAAUAGCUUUGGACUUACUUCACAAAGAGGUUCCACGGGCAUAUGUGAACCUGGCGACGAUGCUUUACAUAGCAAGGCUCCGGGAGCUGCAUCAGUCAGCAAACAACAGCUGCCCAAAAGUGCUGAUGAGGACACUGUGCCCUUGUGUCAUAAAGCCUAAGAAUGAUUCCAAUGAGUUAAAGAAGUUGAUCUACUUUAACAGAAUGUAUCAGGAGAGAACCCGCCAGUUAGUGGAGAGUGGAAGGUAUGACACGAAGGAUGAUUUCACAGUGGUUGUGCAGCCAUUUAUGACUAACAUGGAAAUGCCAAAAACACAGGAGGGAUGGCCAGAUGAUUCAUAUUUUGCCCCAGACUGUUUCCACUUCAGCCAAAAGUCUCAUUCCCAGGCUGCACGUGCUUUGUGGAACAACAUGCUGGAGCCUGUAGGGAAGAAGACAGAUAGUCAGAACAUGGAUGAUGAGCUGGUCCUCAAAUGUCCAUCUGAGGCUGAGCCAUUCCUGAGGACAUAUAAGAACAGUAAUUACACAUACCCUAACCAAUCUCCAAAUUAUGGAAGCCAGCUGCCAUGUGAGGACAGGUCUCCAUCCUCCCCUCCUGCAACUUCAGUGCAUUCCCUAAAGCCAGCUGAUGUGAAAAUUGUAGCAGCCCUUGGGGAUUCUUUGACGGCUGGUUCAGGAAUUGCCUCAGAUACCCUCCAGGAUGUGAUCACUCAAUACCGGGGACUGUCUUGGAGUAUUGGAGGAGAUGAAUCGUUGGAGAACGUGACUACUUUACCUAACAUCCUUCGAGAGUUCAAUGUUGCAAUCAUGGGCUACUCAACUGGUACUGGGAGUGAGAAUGAUUCCAAUGCAUUCCUUAACCAGGCAGUUCCUGGAGCACUGGCUGAGCACUUGCCAGGCCAGGCAAGAAGGCUUGUGAGUCUUAUGAAAACUGAUCAGAGAAUUGACUUCAGUGCUGACUGGAAGCUCAUAACAGUGCAUAUUGGAGCCAAUGAUCUGUGCAUCUAUUGCAAAAAUCCUGAUCACUACUCAGCUUGGAAUUACAUCAAAAGGAUUCAAGAAACUCUUGAUAUUCUGCAUAAGGAGGUUCCAAAAGCUCUGGUGAGUCUGGUUGAUGUGGAGGACGUCACUGCUCUGAGACCUUUAUUUGUGGACCCUUCAGUUCGCUGCCCCACUUACAUGGCAGAUUAUCUGUGCAGCUGUGUUCUCUUAGGAGAAGAAAACUCAGAAAAUUUAACAAUGGUGAGGGACGCCAUCAAAGCUUACCAGUUGGGCAUUCAGAGUCUGAUAGAGUCUGGCAGAUAUGACACUCAUGAAAAUUUCACAGUCGUCAUCCAGCCUUUCCUCCAAAAUCUGAAGCUUCCUCUUGAUCAGGAUGGGAAACCAGAUGUCUCCUACUUUGCACCUGACUGCUUCCAUCCAAGCCAGAAAGGCCAUUCUCAGCUUGCCAGGGCUCUGUGGAAUACUGUGCUACAGCCUGUAGGCCAGAAAGCUGACUCAUUUGAUUUCUCAGCUGACAUCGUCCUUGGCUGUCCAGCUCAGAACAGUCCCUUCCUGGGAACAUACAGGAAUAGCAACUACACACCUGUGGAGCCCACUAGAGAGCCAAUAGAGAAUUGGGGCAGUGAACUGUCCUGUCCUGGUCAUACUCCAUCUAGUCCUGUCCCAACAUCAGUCCAUGAGCUACGGCCUGCUGACAUCAAAGUCAUAGGAGCACUUGGAGAUUCCCUGACUACUGCAGUAGGAGCCAAAGUACCAGACCUACAAACAGACUGGAAGGGACUUUCCUGGAGUAUUGGGGGUGAUGACACUCUGGAGAUCCAGGCUACUUUACCCAACAUCUUGAAAAAAUUCAAUCCGAACCUCUUUGGCUUCUCCACUGGCACUUCUAAGGAAACGGCUGGAUUCAACGUUGCAGAGAGAAAUGCCACAGCACGUGAUAUGCCAGCCCAAGCACGUGCAUUGGUGGAGCUGAUGAGAAGCAGCUCGAAAAUUAACUUCAAGGAAGACUGGAAGCUGAUUACCAUCCUUGUUGGAGGCAGUGACCUGUGCCAGUACUGCUUGGACAAGGAAACCUAUUCAGUGCAAAAGUAUGUAAAGCACCUGCAGGACACUCUGGAUAUUUUCUAUGAGGAGCUCCCAAGAGUCUUUAUCAACAUGGUGGAGGUCCUAGAGCUCUCUGGACUGCGUCAAAUCACAGCAAGCUCUUCAGAGUGUGCUCUGACAGCAAAGAAAGUUUGCCCAUGUUUCUUAAACCCAGAGGAAAAUUCUUCUGAAUUACAAGAAAUUAAGAGAGUUAACAGAGAUUUUCAGGCUGAAGCCCUGCGGCUGCUCAGCGGCGGUCGGUACGAACAGCGGGAGGACUUCGCCGUUGUCAUCCAGCCAUUCCUCCGGAACACCUUGCUGCCCCUGGAUAGCACUAGCAAGCCAGAUAUGAGUUUCUUUGCUGCAGACUGCUUUCAUUUCAGUGUAAGAGGCUAUGCUGAGAUGGCCAUGGCUCUCUGGAACAAUAUGCUGGAGCCAGUUGGUGAAAAGCAGACUUACAACAACUUUACCCAUGACAGAUCAAAACUCAGGUGUCCAAACCCUGAUAAACCUUUUCUUUCCACGAGAAGAAAUAGUGGAUUUGGAAAUUCAGAUCUCAGCUUGGAGAAAACAGAAUCUUCAGUCCCUUACUGGGCAGUCAUUGUGGCUGCAGUAGGGGGGAUCCUGGUGGGUUCUUUACUUGGCUGGGUUGUGUCACGAAGAAGAACCAAGAAGAACCAACGUAAGGCUGACACAGAAAACAACAUUAAAACAACCCCUCUGUAA